UUCAAAGCUAACAUAAGUUUCAAGUUAAGAGACUUGCUAGCUGUUGUCAAUGGCCAAACUAAGAAACACUGUCUUCCUCUAUUUCUCAUGUUUCUGCAUGCAUUAUUUUUCUUCUUCUCAUGCACAAACACAAAAUGCAACACUCAAGCAAGGCCAACAGCUACGCGAUCAGGAUGGUGAUUAUCUUGUUUCCGAAAAUGGUUUGUUUAAGUUAGGCUUCUUCAGUCCUGGAAACUCAAGCGUUUUCGGUGCUACAAGUAAUCGUUACUUAGGAAUAUGGUACUACAAACUACCAAAUGAUCCAGAUGCAGUAUGGGUAGCCAAUCCAGAAACUCCGAUCAUUGAUACAUCAGGAGUAUUUGCAUUGGCUAGUGAUGCAACAUUGAAGCUCAUUCAUGGUGGAGGCCAAAUAUCUGUCUCAGAUCCCAAUCAAACAGUUUCUGGUAAUGUGACUGUCUCCUUAUUAGAUACUGGAAAUUUGGUCUUAAGAGAAGUAACUUCUAAUGGAACACAUGGAGAAGUUCUGUGGGAAAGCUUUGACCAUCCAACCAACACAUUGUUACCUGGAAUGAAAUUGGGUAUCAAUGUCGAGGCUGGACAGAAUUGGACUAUUUCUUCCUGGUUCAGCGAUCAAAUCCCUGCAACAGGUGUUUUUAGGCUUGGCGUUGAUCCUGGUAGCACCAACCAAUUGAUCAUCUGGAGGCGAGAUGAAGUAUACUGGAGCAGUGGGGUCUGGGAAAAUGGAACCUUUCAAAAUGCUCCUGAAAUGACAAGAAGGGUUGAUCUAUUUGAGUUCACUUUUGUUUCAAACAAGGAAGAUAAGUACUUUACUUAUACCGUUAAAAACAGGUCUACUGUUUCAAGGUGGGAACUGAAUGCUUGGGGCCAAAUCAUGCACUCCACUCUCAACGGUACUACUUGGGAAAGCACAGAAGCUAGUCCAUGCACAUUCAACUUGACUAAUCUGGGAGCCCUGUGCAUAGAGGAGAAGCCCUCUGAAUGCAGGAAUGGCUCGGACGGACUUGUACCAGUAAGAGGCUAUUUUGAUGGAAACGAAAUUUUACAUCAUGACAACAAUACUGAAAUGACCAUUAGUGAUUGCCAUGCUACUUGCUGGAGUGACUGCGCCUGUAUUGGCUACAAAAGUAUAUAUACCAAUGGGACUGGGUGUGUGUUUAUGAGUGGAGAAGCGAAAUUUAUCCCGAAUAGUUACUUUGAUGCUACUUAUGUCCUUAACAUAUGGAAUCAUAGCAAAGAUGGAACACCAGCAGAAGGAAGCAAAACAAGCAAUUUAACACGAGAUAUAAAGAAAAAAUGGUGGAUAUGGUGCAUCGUAGGUCUUAUAUUUAUCAUGGCAGUGCUAUUAUGUUGCUUGUACCACAUAAAGAAAAGAAAACUAGGACUCAUGAAACACACUGGCCAAGACCAAGGAUUAGAUGAGUUGAGAUCUCAAAUUACCAGAUUUGGCCACAUAUACAAGCUCAAAAUAGGUGAAAGAAUAGGACAGAACUUUCGGAUGUUCAGUUUUUCAGAAGUAGUGGCUGCAACAGAUAACUUCUCGUCUGCCAGCAAGCUAGGACAGGGUGGGUUUGGACCUGUUUACAAGGGGGUAUUACCAGAUGGGGAACAGGUAGGAGUAAAGAGACUCGCGAGAAGUUCAGGACAAGGACUAGAAGAAUUCAUGAAUGAGAUUACACUUAUAGCUGAGCUUCAACAUAGUAAUCUUGUUAGGCUAUUAGGUUGUUGCAUUCAAGGAGAAGAAAAGAUUCUGAUUUACGAAUUUAUGGCAAAUAAGAGCUUGGAUGCCUUCCUAUUUGACUCCACUAGAAGGAAGAAAUUGGACUGGCAAACACUGGUAAACAUCAUUGAGGGAAUUGCACAAGGACUUCUCUAUCUUCAUAAGCAUUCUAGAGUUAGAGUCAUACACAGAGAUCUGAAAGCUAGUAACAUUCUGCUUGAUGAAAAUAUGAACCCUAAGAUCUCAGACUUUGGAAUGGCCAGAAUUUUCGGACAGAAUGAAUCUAUGGCAAAUACAGUUAGAGUUGUCGGAACAUACGGCUAUAUGUCUCCAGAGUAUGCCAUGAGGGGCAUUUUCUCUGAAAAGUCUGAUGUUUACAGUUUUGGUGUUCUACUGUUGGAGAUUAUAAGUGGCAAAAAGAACACUACUUUUCUUUCAUCUAAUGGUCUCUGCCUUAUCGAACUUGCCUGGGAAUUGUGGAAACAAGGCCAGACCCUGGAGAUAAAGGACACAUCACUUGACUGUGGUUCCAAAGAGGAAGUUUUAAAAUUUAUUCAGGUUGGUCUCUUAUGUGUUCAAGAGUAUGCAGAAGAUAGAGCUACUAUGUCAGAAGUAAUAUCAAUGCUUACAAGUGAUGUCACACCUUUGUCUGAUCCAAAGCAACCUGCAUACACUAUUUCAAGAAGUGAAGCAGCUGGGUCAACGCGCACGUUACCUGAUAGAAGUUCAAAUACAGCUUCAGUAAAUAAUGUAUCCAUUACUUUGAUGGAAGGUAGAUAAGUAUGCUACUUAAUGCUUGUGGAGACUGCUGCAACAAAAUAAUAGGUCCUUUCAGCUGAUAAGUUCUGAUCCCCAUGAGUUUCCUGGACCAGAGAGCAUGCAGUCAAAUAACAGUUGUAUUAAUACAAAAUUAGGUAAUCGCUUUUGUUAACAUUCUGAGCAAACUCAACUACAAAAAAGGCACCCCAAACUCAUGGAUCUAGCAUCCUUAUAACUUGAAGUGCAUGCAGUGCCCCAUUUUCUAAUUUUAUU